GCUUCAGCGCUUUUUAAAUGAUUGAGAACUUGACAAUGGAGAACUCUGGCGCACCGGCCUCCACCGGCGGCGAUCGCCCGACGGUGAUGAUCACCAACGACGACGGAAUCGACGCCCCUGGUCUCCGGUCACUCGUUCGUGUCCUUGUCUCCUCCAAUCAGUUCCACGUCUUCGUUUGCGCCCCCGAUUCUGAGCAGUCUGCUGUAAGUCAUAGUAUCACUUGGCGGAGACCUCUCUCAGUAAAGCCAGUGGAAGUUGAUGGAACAACUGCUUUUGCAGUUUCAGGAACUCCUGCUGACUGUACAUCUUUGGGAAUUUCCCAAGCUCUGUUCCCCUCUAUACCUGAUCUGGUCAUCAGUGGCAUUAAUAUGGGGAGCAAUUGUGGCUACCACAUUGUGUAUUCAGGGACGGUUGCGGGGGCUCGUGAAGCUUUCUUUAAUGGAAUACCUUCUAUCUCUCUAUCAUACGACUGGGUUGGAGGAAGAAGUAAUGUCGAUGACUAUACUCUUGCAGCAGAGGCUUGCUUGCCUAUAAUUUGUGCCGUAUUGACCGAAACAAGAAAGAAAACUUAUCCCCUAAACUGUUUCUUGAAUGUUGAUGUACCAACAGAUGUCAGGAACCAUAAGGGUUAUCGGCUAACCAAUCAGAGCAGGAGUAUUGUAAAAAUGGGGUGGAAACAAGUUACUUCGGAAAAUCAAGGCGGGAAAAUGCUAUCGACCAUGACUAUGGAGACAAAUUCAGAAUCAGAUUCUAAUUCAGAUUCGACAGCCGCAAAACAAGACCAUCUUAUAUUCAAGAGAGAGGUAAGGGGAUCAUGGGUGGAUGAAGGUGGCGACAUGGACUACUCUUGCCUUCAAGAAGGCUAUAUAAGUGUGAGCGCUCUGGGUGCGUUGUCGGCGGCGGAGAUGGAUAGCCAAGCCUACUUUCAGAAGUGGCUGCCUACUGUGAUCUCUUCUGCCCUGUAGUAAUGAAAUGAAAGUAAGUAAUAAGUUUUAGUUGUUCGAUUUCUGCCUGGAAUCUGCAUGCUUGGCUUGCUUUCUUUCAUUUUUAACCACUGUUUAUUUAAAUCACUUUAUUAUUCGAAUGGAGGACAUAGGGAACUGCCUGCCUGAUGUUUGAAAAUUCGUUUUACUUUUACUUGAUGUGUUGUACUAUUCUAUUGCCUACACCGUAGACAGUGUAUUUCACGAGGGGGUGUAAUUAAUAGAUAAUUAAAAAUA